AUGAUUUGCCAUCGUCGAUUGAAUUCCCAAGUUGAGAUCUGGGAAGAAAGUGAAGAUGACGACAAAGGGAUUAUGAAGAGUUUUAGGAACUUUGGUCUGGAGCGAGAUGUUGUCGUUCGGUCAGUCAGUCACGGAUUUGUCAUCUCCCGGCCGUCUGCAAUUAGUUCCGCCGCCGACUCAGCCAUUCCGACAAUUUUUAGAGAGAUCGCCGGCAGUCUGUCGACCGCAUCCCGCCGCAAAAACAUCUUCCCCAGACAAGAGGUGCUCCCCGACGAUGACGGUGCGGCCACUUCGGAGUGCAGCGGCGUGCGGCCGCGAGUGUGGUGCUCGCCGGAGAACUCGUCCGUUAUGGCAAUCAGAGACAGUCAUCGGCGGCAGGGUGAGGGUGUUGGCGAUAGGAUGAGGCUUUCAGAUUUGUAUGCCGGUCAGGGGAGGUCCGAUGGUGCAGGGUGA